UUCAACCCACGCCGAGUAGAAUACUAGAAUGGCAAUACAACUCUUUCUUCUCUUUCUUCUACCUCUCCCUUUCUUCCUCUUCAUUAUCUUAAAACAUUAUGGCAACAAUGGCAAUCUUCCCCCUACCCCACCUGCUCUUCCUUUGAUCGGUCACUUACAUAUGCAGUUGUCUGAUAACUCAUCCUUUCAUAUUUUCCUUUGGAAACUCUCCCAAAACUAUGGUCCUCUCCUGUACUUGCGAUUCGGGUGCAAGCCGACCCUUGUAGUUUCUUCUGCAAAAAUGGCUAAAGAGGUUAUGAAAACCCAUGACCUCGACUUCUGCAGCAGGCCUGAACAACGUGGUACCCGUAGAUUAUCUUACAACGCCUUAGACGUGGCCUUUUCACCGUAUGAUGACUACUGGAGGGGGAUCAGGAAACUUUGUGUUGUACAUCUCUUUAGCAGAGUACAACAAUAUCGACCCAUCCGAGAAGAUGAAGUUGCUCGCCUGAUGGAAAAAAUAUGCCAAUUGUCUGUUGAUUCUAAGCCUAUCAACUUGAGUGAGGCAAUGAUGUGCCUUUCCAGUACAAUCAUUUGUAGAGUGGCCUUCGGCAAAAGGUAUGCCGAAGAAGGAGCUGAAAGAAGCAGGUUCCAUGGGUUGCUUAACGAAAGUCAAGCCAUGUUAUCAAGCUUUAGCUUCUCCGACUGUUUUCCUUUCAUGGGUUGGGUGGAUAGAUUCACAGGGUUUCACAAUCGCCUUGAGAAAACUUUCAAAGAACUCGAUUUCUUCUAUCAAGAACUCAUCGAGGAACAUCUUGAUCCAAACAGACUAAAGCCAGAGCAAAGAGAUAUAAUCGAUGCGUUACUACAAAUAUCGAAGGAUACUGACUUUCCGUUUGAUCUCACCAUAGAUCACAUAAAAGCUAUUCUUAUGAAUGUAUUUAUCGCUGGAACAGACACAUCAGCGGCCACUGUGAUAUGGGUUAUGAGCUUUCUCAUGAAAAAUCCGAAGUGUUUGAAGAGAACUCAAGCGGAAGUGAGGAGUUUGAUUGGGAAAAAAGGCUUUCUAAAAGAAGAUGAUAUUCAAAGUUUAGCUUACCUAAAAGCUGUGAUCAAAGAAACGUUCAGAUUGCAACCAGUAACUCCAUUAUUAGUGCCACGAGAAACACUACGAAAGUGCAGCAUUGGUGAUUAUGAAGUACCUGCCAAAUGCAUAGUGUAUGUGAAUGCAUGGGCAAUAGGAAGAGACCCAGAAGUUUGGGAAAAUCCAGAAGAGUUUUGUCCUGAAAGAUUCAUCGGCAAUGGCAGCUCUAUCGACUACAAAGGACAACACUUUGAGCUCAUACCAUUUGGCGCGGGUAGAAGGAUUUGUCCUGGAAUGCAUAUGGGAGUUGCAACUGUGGAACUUGCACUUGCUAAUCUUCUUUACAAGUUUGAUUGGGAAUUACCAUCAGGAAUUAACGAAAAAGACAUAGACUUUGAUGCCUUACCUGGGAUUACUACACACAAGAAAAAUGAUCUUAUCCUCGUGCCUAGGAAGAUUGAUGAUUGAUCAAUGUAUCAUUAUAGUAACUU